GGGGUGUCCUGGAUUGCCUCAUUUGGAGGGUGUCCUGUGAAUAGUGGUGGUCGAUGCUGCAGUGGUUGAGCAGCCGCUGUGAGUGAAGCCAAAGCGGCCUCGAAGGACAGGGAAGCAGCCCCUCACCCCCCCCCCCCCCUCUUCCCCCGGUGCCAUGGACACACCGCCUCACCCCGUCAAACUCUAUGUGUACGACCUUUCCCGGGGGCUGGCCCGCCAGUUCAGUCCUCUCAUGCUCGGAAAACAGCUUGAAGGAAUAUGGCAUACUGCAAUUGUUGUCAAUGGGGAGGAGUUCUUCUAUGGGUCCAGUGGAAUUGCUAACUGUCAGCCCGGAGGGACUUUACUUGGGCCGCCUGACUCUGUCAUUGAUCUUGGGACCACCGAAGUGACUGAGGAGUUAAUCAUGGAGUAUUUAUCAUCUCUGGGAGAAUCGGCCUUCAGGGGAGAGUGCUACAAGCUCUUUGAACAUAACUGCAAUACGUUCAGUAAUGAAGUUUCCCAGUUCCUCACUGGGAAGAAGAUUCCAUCCUACAUCACUGACCUGCCUUCUGAGGUCUUAUCAACCCCUUUCGGCCAACUCAUUAAACCAAUCCUGGAUUCGGUUCAGAUACAGCCAGUGGGAGGAAGCAGCUUCAAUGAACAGAAUCCGAGCUAGUAGAAGCGAACCUGGGAGCUGCUGACUGUGAAGACUUGUACAGUGACAGGCCUCUCAGAACUAUACAGUGAUUUUCAAAAAAAAAGUGAAGAUUUCCCUUCAAGUAUCUUUCAUCUCGUAUCUAACUUAACAUAGAACAUUGAAAAGUGGUAGAAAUGCUUUUUUAAAAUCUAUUUGAAAUGUGCACCUAAUACAAAAAUACUGAACUCUACAGUGCAAUACAUCAGGUUAUCAUGCUCCCUCAUCAGCUGUCUUUGAACUAUACCAAGAGGCAGUCUUGAGAGAUUGAAUACUUUAUAAUGUAUUUAUUCCUCCCACACUGACAACUCCAAAGUAGGCCACCAGCAUGGAAAUCUGUGUUCACCCACUGUCGUGCCAGCAUCGUUGCCAAUGUAUUGGCCAAUGCAAGGGGGUAAUGUUUCCAGUUUUGUCGCUGAGUUUAUUUGGUAUAGCUGUGUUGCAUAUGAGAGGGAAAAAUAUACUUCAGGCACUAUGCCUUGAUGUCUUAUUUGCUCACUUCAAAUUGCUGCCCAUCUAAACCUUAAUUCUCUCCGGAAUCCACCCAUGUUCAGAUGGAAAUCAGUUUUUUUGUUUGCACCGUUCAGGCAGGGGAAUUUCCCUCGUUCAGUCCUUGCUGUGCUGUAGCCGGCACCACCUUCUGUAUGUCUUUUCUCCUGGUACUUGGCAGUUAACUUCUGUGCUUUAAGCCUCUGCACACUUCCUAGGUACUGCACUCUGUUCAUAGCACAAUCCCUGCACUGUCCUUGUGACUAUCAGCACUUGGCUACAACUGCAGGAGGAGUUGAGCCCUUUCCUUUUUCUGCCUUUCACCUGAUCAAUGUAGAAAGCGUUUGCGUAUUGUUAAAACAUACUGGCCUGAGGGUGGAGCCAAACGAGGUCUCCCAGUUUCAAACUACUUUAGUCUCAAAGCACUCACUUUGUUUCUUUCCUCGGGUUGUUGUCCCCUUGUCCCUCCUGCCCAGGCUAUGAUGCCGGAGGAUGGCUUCACUAGGACACAGAAACCUUUGCUUGCCAGCAGGCCACUCAUUGGAAUGAUGAGUGCUGGCAGUCUUUUUGAAUUUGGAGCCCUCGUUGUCAGGCAUGAACCUAUUUUCACCAGGUAUCCCUGUAUACAUAUUUCCCCACACCAUUACUGGCUAGCAGUCAGGAGCAGUGUAUCGAGCUGUUCACAUCCCCUAACCCAAAAGGUUGUAUCUCUUCCUUUACACCCACCCCAUUUGAGACCAGCUAAUUAACAAGCUAGAGAGUGAACCUGCACUUCCCUGUGCAAUUCAGUAUUGGCCAUCCCUACUGUAAAAAAGCAGACCAGAGGCCAUCUCAGGAGUCACUGAGCAGACCAACAAGCUCCCAAGGUUCAAAACUCACCCGGGCCUGUUGAGUUUUUCCCAGGCAGCAGUAUGAGGAGUUACAGCAUGUAGCCACAUCCAGUUCAGUGUUGUCCAACAUGUUAGCCACCAGCGAAUUGGGAAUCCAGAUGUGGAAAAUUGCAUUCCUGAUUGGUAAAACAAAAAAAUGAACAAUAUACAUUGUUCUAGGGUGUGAGAUCUCAGUGCUCCCAUUUGCAUGGGGUGUGCAUGUGAACUUUUAACCUUUUUGGGCAUUUGUUGUUGAAAUAGCACGCAGGUGUUUUUUUAUUAUGCUUCCUUGGUUGCUGAAUGGUGGCAGAUGUUUGUGACGUAAAUACAUUUGUAUGAAGUGCAAUUACCUGUAUUUUUUGUAGUGUAUGCAAGUUGUUUAUUUGACUAACAAUAGUAUGUGACCAAAAUGGCAUUGCUAUAGCCACACCCUGUAGCUAGGUAGCAAUUUCUAUUGGACAACCCUGGUCCAGAUGCUGAAGAUCUUACUCUCGCUCUCGCAUGCACUCUCUGUAUGUAGAGUCCUCGUUCUCCGAGGGUUGCUAAUCAUGGCUCAGUGAUACCAUGAUAUCACAAUGGGGCAAGUAGAAGAGCCAGGCACCAAGAACUACCUCAGCUAGUACAGAGAUUGAAUCCUCACUGUUGGUGUUAUUGAGCAUUGUGUGCAAGCCAGCCAAACUAAUCAGCCCUACUCCCAAAGACCUUGCUGGACUGAUAAUACUUUUUGUGAAACUAAUUUUGUCCCUCAGCUUGAAGGUCUGCUCUUCCAUUUCCUAACAAUUUCAGCUCAAUUUCCCAGAGCCAGGCAGGACCAGUUACAAUACCAGCUGCAAAGAGUCAAAUCCACCCCAAUUGCCCUAGCUCCAGGCAAUGAAUUUGUAAAAUUUGGGUUGGCUGAAUUGAUUAGUGCACUAACAAGUUAGCUAUAAGAUUCCUGUGCUGCUGGGUAUGGCACUGUGCUGGUGCUAUAUUGUGGGAUUUGGGAUAUGGUUUGAACCCUAAACCUGUUUGGUUGGGGUAACUAUACCCAAGUUGGAUACCUUUGACAUGUAGAAUCAUGUGCAGAAUAAUAACUUCAAUAUUCCCAUGCCAGGGAUGAAUUGUCCUGAGCUUCAGCCCUCUGGAAAAACUUCUCUCCAGCCUAAAUCUCAGUAAAACCUCAAAAUGCAGCUUGGGUUUAUUAUAGUCUAAUUAGUUGUUUGGUAGUACAAAACUUGAGUAAUGCUGAAAAAAGAAACAUUUUUUGUCUUCCCCCCCC